UUGGUUCCAACCGCUGUGUCUUUGUGAGACGAGGUGUUUGGUUCCAACCGCUGUGUCUUUGUGAGACGAGGUGUGGCUGAGAUGUUUGGUUCCAACCGCUGUGUCUUUGUGAGACGAGAUGUUUGGUUCCAACCGCUGUGUCUUUGUGAGACGAGGUGUUUGGUUCCAACCGCUGUGUCUUUGUGAGACGAGGUGUGGCUGAGAUGUUUGGUUCCAACCGCUGUGUCUUUGUGAGACGAGAUGUUUGGUUCCAACCGCUGUGUCUUUGUGAGACGAGGUGUUUGGUUCCAACCGCUGUGUCUUUGUGAGACGAGGUGUGGCUGAGAUGUUUGGUUCCAACCGCUGUGUCUUUGUGAGACGAGGUGUUUGGUUCCAACCGCCGUGUCUUUGUGAGACGAGGCUGAACGCAUGACACUAUUUUGGUUACUACAUGAUUCCAUAUUUGUUAUUUCACAGUUUCGCUAUUAUUCUACAAUGUUGAAAAUAGUACAAAUAAAGACCAACUCUUGAAUGAGUCGGUGUUGUAAAACUUUUGACCGGUAGUGUAUGCCAUGUUAAUGAUAUCUGAGUGAGAGUGACUAACAAAAUCAAUGGGGGGGCCCUGGAAGUCAGGGCCUCUGGAUACGUGACCUGCGUGCCUGGUCGAUAUUUGACCAUAACUUACCAAUCUAACAGUUGUUAGCGGACAAGGCUAAUUGAGUGACUGUCAGUGACUGACAUAAGAGAAAAACUGCUGAUGCACAACCACAUGUCCAACUUGCACCUGGUGUCACUAUUCUUACGCUCCGUGAGAUGAGACCCCGACUGAACUUAUGCCACUUAUGCCUGGAGCCGGCCCUGGGUCUACCAGACAGAAAGGGGUCUGAUAGAUCAAUCUAUCGAUAGGAGACUAGUUAUGAAGGGUAGGGGUCAAUAAUAGAUCAAUCCAUCGAUAGGAGACUAGUUAUGAAGGGUAGGGGUCAAUAAUAGAUCAAUCCAUCGAUAGGAGACUAGUUAUGAAGGGUAGGGGUCAAUAAUAGAUCAAUCCAUCGAUAGGAGACUAGUUAUGAAGGGUAGGGGUCAAUAAUAGAUCAAUCCAUCGAUAGGAGACUAGUUAUGAAGGGUAGGGGUCAAUAAUAGAUCAAUCCAUCGAUAGGAGACUAGUUAUGAAGGGUAGGGGUCAAUAAUAGAUCAAUCCAUCGAUAGGAGACUAGUUAUGAAGGGUAGGGGUCAAUAAUAGAUCAAUCCAUCGAUAGGAGACUAGUUAUGAAGGGUAGGGGUCAAUAAUAGAUCAAUCCAUCGAUAGGAGACUAGUUAUGAAGGGUAGGGGUCAAUAAUAGAUCAAUCCAUCGAUAGGAGACUAGUUAUGAAGGGUAGGGGUCAAUAAUAGAUCAAUCCAUCGAUAGGAGACUAGUUAUGAAGGGUAGGGGUCAAUAAUAGAUCAAUCCAUCGAUAGGAGACUAGUUAUGAAGGGUAGGGGUCAAUAAUAGAUCAAUCCAUCGAUAGGAGACUAGUUAUGAAGGGUUUAGGUAUAGGUUAGGUAUUGGGUAGGUUGAUGAGGUGAUGGUGUAACACACACAAUGGUCUCUACACACUCAUCAUCAUCAUCAUCAACAACGAUAAACAACCAUUAUGGGUUGGAAAUGGGAGACUGAACCCUUCCAUGGAAAUAAAACAACCAUUAUGGGGUGGAAAUGGGAGACUGAACCCUUCCAUGCUAAUAAAACAACCAUUAUGGGGUGGAAAUGGGAGACUGAACCCUUCACUGCUAAUAAAACAACCAUUAUGGGGUGGAAAUGGGAGACUGAACCCUUCCAUGCUAAUAAAACAACCAUUAUGGGGUGGAAAUGGGAGACUGAACCCUUCCAUGCUAAUAAAACAACCAUUAUGGGGUAGAAAUGGGAGACUGAACCCUUCCAUGCUAAUAAAACAACCAUUAUGGGGUGGAAAUGGGAGACUGAACCCUUCCAUGCUAAUAAAACAACCAUUAUGGGGUGGAAAUGGGAGACUGAACCCUUCCAUGCUAAUAAAACAACCAUUAUGGGGUGGAAAUGGGAGACUGAACCCUUCACUGCUAAUAAAACAACCAUUAUGGGGUGGAAAUGGGAGACUGAACCCUUCACUGCUAAUAAAACAACCAUUAUGGGGUGGAAAUGGGAGACUGAACCCUUCAAUGCUAAUAAAACAACCAUUAUGGGGUGGAAAUGGGAGACUGAACCCUUCACUGCUAAUAAAACAACCAUUAUGGGGUAGAAAUGGGAGACUGAACCCUUCCAUGCUAAUAAAACAACCAUUAUGGGGUGGAAAUGGGAGACUGAACCCUUCCAUGCUAAUAAAACAACCAUUAUGGGGUAGAAAUGGGAGACUGAACCCUUCACUGCUAAUAAAACAACCAUUAUGGGGUGGAAAUGGGAGACUGAACCCUUCCAUGCUAAUAAAACAACCAUUAUGGGGUGGAAAUGGGAGACUGAACCCUUCCAUGCUAAUAAAAAGGAAAAGAGAGCACGGAUGGAUCACUGAGUGUACUACUGCUGAGUGUACUACUGAGUGUACUACUACUGAGUGUACUACUGAGUGUACUACUGAGUGUACUGCUGAGUGUACUGCUGAGUGUACUACUGAGUGUACUACUGAGUGUACUACUACUGAGUGUACUACUGAGUGUACUGCUGAGUGCACUGCUGAGUGUACUACUACUGAGUGUACUACUGAGUGUACUACUGAGUGUACUACUACUGAGUGUACUACUACUGAGUGUACUACUACUGAGUGUACUACUACUGAGUGUACUACUACUGAGUGUACUACUACUGAGUGUACUACUACUGAGUGUACUGCUGAGUGUACUGCUGAGUGUACUACUGAGUGUACUACUGAGUGUACUGCUGAGUGUACUACUACUGAGUGUACUACUGAGGGUACUGCUGAGUGUACUACUGAGUGUACUACUGCUGAGUGUACUACUGCUGAGUGUACUACUGAGUGUACUACUGCUGAGUGUACUACUGAGUGUACUGCUGAGUGUACUGCUGAGUGUACUGCUGAGUGUACUGCUGAGGGUACUACUACUGAGUGUACUGCUGAGUGUACUACUGAGUGUACUGCUGAGGGUACUACUACUGAGUGUACUGCUGAGGGUACUACUACUGAGUGUACUACUGAGUGUAUGCUGAGGGUACUACUACUGAGUGUACUACUGAGUGUAUGCUGAGGGUACUACUACUGAGUGUACUGCUGAGUGUACUGCUGAGUGUACUACUUGAGUGUACUGCUGAGUGAAUUACUGAGUGUACUACUGAGUGUACUGCUGAGUGUACUGCUGAGUGUACUACUGAGUGUAAUACUGAGUGUAAUACUGUACUUCUAUUCUAGAAGUGGCAUUACAGAUUCUGACAGGGAAAAACUCCCACUAUGAAUAAACAGUAUCAU